ACAGUCGACAUUAAGGAGAAAGGAUACGAGAUUUUCAUAAUUUCUAUAUUUUUCUGAUAAAAAUGGAAAAUUUCGGCAGUGAAAUCGGCCAGAAAAUGCGGAGUGCCGUUAAGGCCAAACUCGUAGAGUUAGGUACUGGUGGCACAGCAGGCUACAUAGACGAUGAGCUGCCGGAUUAUGUGAUGAUUAUGGUAGCGAACAAGCGUUCCAAACAACAAAUGAUCGCCGACCUCAACCUCUUUCUAGGCUCACAAACAGAGCUUUUUGUAACGUGGCUACAUGAAGUGCUGCAAAAAUUGCAAGAAGUGACAUUACCUGCAACUAUUGCCACAAAAAAACGCAAGGCAGAGCCUAAGCAAGACGUUACAAGCAAAAAGGAGCGUAAGGGUAAUAAAAAAGAGAGAAAAAUAUCAACAUCCAAAAAAGCCGCAGAGGAAGUGCAAAGUGCUGCUGUAAAUACAACUGAAAAAUCAGCGUCAUUAAGCACACCAACAGUGCCACCAAUUAACUCUAUAACCGACGUCUUUGCGGAUGUGUUUUUGGAGAAGGCUAAGAAAAAUCUGAAUACAACAGCUGAAGCGGCAACGCAUAUAAAAAAAGCUAAAAGUGGCAACAAAACAGCAAGUGGUGAAACAACUAAAAAUUUAGCAACCAAGUUGUCUAAUGAGAAAGCAGCUAUGGCUGCGAAUACCACAGUAGGCAAAGAGCAGCGUUAUAAUGGUGCUAGUGGUGAUAGUUCUACUAGUAUUAGUAAAAAAGUCAGCACAACUGCUCCCGUGAUCAGUGGCAAUCGAGAGAAAGACUUGGCUGAGUUAGCUGAAAUACAAAAGAAAAUAUACGCCGCCAAAAAGCAUUUACGCCAAUUGGGCGAACUGGAAGACAACAGUGAUGACGAGGAUUUCAUAAAUUUGAAAGAAGAUGGUACUGAAGAGGAAGUUGAAAAUCUUAGUCCAAAAGCGGUGGAGACGCCUACGCAAACAAUAACAGAACAACGAGGUAGCAAACGGCGCAGUCCAAUUAUUUUUGAUGCCGGCGAAAAGAAGAGUGAUGAAACAAAUUUGCACGAAAAUGAGGCAUCUGACAGGUCCGCACAUUUUACACCACCACCGCAGACGAACUGUGUGGUUACAAAACCGAGCAGCACCAGUGAACUGCAAAGUACUACUAAUGUACGAAGUAGUCAAUUAAUGCUACAAAAACAACAUAGCCAGGAACGUGAAAAGUCACGAAAUCGCGAACAUGAACGUGAUAGACACGAUUCAACCUUUGAUGUGCCCAAGAAGCCAGUACAUGAACGGUUGGGCAUACGUCCCCCAGCAGUUCGUGAGGCGCAACAGCAAAACCAACAACAGCGUCGCACGCGUGAGGACAAACAACUCUUUGUACCCUCGUUCCGGCGAAAAGAUAAUGAUAAUGAACGCAAUAGGGAGCGCGAAGGCGAACGUGAACGUGAAAGAGAACAUGAUAGAAAUAGGGAACGUGAGCGUGAACGGGAACGUGAACGUGAACGUGAAAAAGAAAGGGAGCGGGAACGUCAACGCGAGCGCGAUCAUGUCCGUGAGCGAGAACGUGAAAGAAGUCGACUGCCAGCUCGACUCCGCGGUAGAAGUGAAGAUAGGCGUAAAGACCGUGAUUUAGAACGCGAACGUGAACGUCCUAGAGAGCGUGGUCGAGAACGUAGUCGUGAUACAGUGGAAAAUAGGCGUAAAGGCAGUGUACCCCGCAUGCGACGCUCAUUAUCGCCAAUAUUAAGACGCACUACAACCAAUAAUGAAACGCGUACACUGCCCAACAUAACGGUAUCGGCUACUGUGAAACCAAAUUAUGCCAAUAAGAAUAUCGUCGCUGAAAAGAAGCUCGACGUGGAAAUGAACUCAUCAACUAGUGCGUCGUCUACGGAUAGCGAUGAGAGUAGUGAUGAUGAAGAGUCUAAGGUCUCGCACUCGCAACAAACACAGCGGCAACGCAUCGGCUCACGUGUUAUUGUGGCGCCCGUGAAACCAGUGGAAUCCUCCGAGGAUGAGGAUAAAUCAUUGAAUUCGAUUAUAAAAAUUAAACCACGCGCGCCAGUCUCACCCAGCAAGCAGGCCUGCAAGACAUUACUUCUACGCGCCGUCGCCGAAGCACAACGCUCGACCAUCAUAAAGGCACGUCAAAAAGAAGAAAAGGCAGUGUCGAAUAAAGUGAGUAACAUCGUUCAAGAUCCAACAGACGAGCGUAAAUUGUAUACCAAAGCUUAUCGUGAGCGCUUGAAACGCGGUGCCAAAGUCACUUCCACAUCGGCAACAAGCUCCAAUUUGUUCAGACGAGCCACACAAAAUCUUGUCAUCAAGGUGGAAAGCGAUAUGCCGCUACAAAAGCGACGACGCGCACAAAUCGACGAGAUGGAGGUAGAAGAGCAGGCGCAUAGUGAUGCGGAGGAGAUAGAGGAGUCCGAAGAAGUGGAGGAGAAGUACGUACCAGGUACGGUGUUCCAACGCGUUGACUCCAACAUCAAUUACAUGUAUGUGCCGCAAAUGAUACGCAUAAAGAAUGAGGAACAGGAAAGCGGAGACUCCGACGAAGUUGCAGAGGAGGGGAACGGCAGUGCACAGCAAACAGCCGAUAAAGCGCAACAAAGGAAAACACAAUUUGUGGUUACGCUUAAUGAUGAGAAAGCGGCUUUGAAGUUCAUGUCGCGCGCAAAGGCUGCCCUGAAGCGUGUACGUUCCGAAUCGCCAGUGCAAGAAGUCUCCUCAUCCUCCUCGGUGGCGCGUUCCAAACGUGCCGAAGCAUCGUCAACUACAAACACAACAACAAAAUCAACACAAGCAUCACGACCACGUUCGGGCGCACAAGAAAAUGAGCACAGCCGUCGCGCCAGCAUCAAAUCACGCCUCUCAGCCAAAGUAAUGCCCUCGUCAACGGUGUCACGUUUUAGCGAUCACGAAUCAUCCAAUUCAUUGCCGGCAACACCGCCACUAAGACGCUCCGAUUUAGUCGAAACUUAUCGCAAACCAAAAGAGGUCAAAAAGAUUAUUAUUAAGAAUGACACAGACGAUGAGGAGAUGAGCCCCAAAAAGUUAUCCUCCACCAUUGUUGUGGGUAACGGCAGUCAACAACGCAAACACAAGCGCACACAUAGCGUGGAGCGUAACCAACAGCCCGAGCGUUCAACCACGCCACCAACGUUGCGCAAACCCAACACGCGCAAGGAGUCACGCACACCGCCCAAACGCAAACGCAGCUCCAACAGCAGCCAGUAUGAGGGCAGAGCGCGUGCCAUGGACGACAGCGAUAUUGAUGAUGAUGAAGUGGUGGAGCAGCCGGUACAUAAGCGGCGUUCCAGAAGCGACGAUAGCACACGCAUGCGCGAGAGGGGGCGUGAACGAGAACGCGAACACGAACAACACAAUCGUGAGCGCGAACGUGCAGCCUCACGUGAUUAUUCCGCUGAGCGACAUAGCGGCGAGGAGCGACGCAAGAUCUCAACACGCAAUGUGGAGGCGAAAAAGUAUGACAACAUACCGUCGUUGAGCUCUGUCACCUUGGACUCGUCUGCUGGGCGUAUUAUGAAAACGAAGGAGCGCUGUAAAUACCAUCCGAACUGCACCAAACAAUUCUGCGACUUUUAUCACCCGACUGCACCGUGUAAAAGUUUCCCGAAUUGCAAAUUCGCCGACAAAUGCUUGUACUCGCAUCCGCAUUGCAAAUAUGAUCUCGCUUGCACAAAUCUGGAUUGUAAUUAUGCGCACAGCGGUCCCAGGGAUCCGGCGCAACUGGUGCCACAGGCGCCCCCCUUAUCUUCACAUGUCGUGCCUGUGCAGAACUAUAAAUCGAUUUCAGCCACAGCAGCCGCCAGCACCACCAUGUGCAAAUACUAUCCCACUUGCACAAAGGUGGGUUGCACCUUCUACCAUCCCAAGCCAUGUCGCUUUGGCAAAAAUUGCAUCAACAAAUUGGAGUGCAAUUUCUAUCAUCACGAAGUGCAGAGUAGCAGCAAAUUUAAAUGGGUCGCAUCGGUUGUUUAAAACGCGCUGCACAACCAGCGUCAUCUCUUCUAACGCAUACAUUUAGUAACUCCGUUUUUUUUAAUAUUUGUAAAUGUAAAUGUUAUGCAGCAAUGCAAACCAAUUCAUAUUUACCACUACUAUAUUUAUAAAUUAAACGCUGCGUAGUUAUGCUAUACGCAAAUAAAAAUAAUAUAAAAAUUCAAAUAUAUGGAAAAAAAUUUUAAAUUAUUAAAAAAUGAUAUUC